ACUGACGUACCUUGCAUCGGCACAAUGGCCGCCAUAAGCAUCGGCCAUUUGUUGCACACCGAGCGGCCACUUACAUGGCACUCGCAACACUGUUGCGCCAGGUGUUCCCUACCGUUCACCAUCAGUACGAGCGAAGAGGGCGUGAAGCGUGUGCCAUUUCUGCUCGACUGCUAUCACCAGGUGUGUGGUCAGUGCGUUGAAGAGAAACGCAACCGGCGCAUUACCUGUGAAAUCUGCAAACACCGGACGUCCAUUCCGGAGGAAGGCUACAGUGGAGCCACACCGGUGCCACAGCCCAGCCUCUUUAUGCUGGGCGUCCUGCACCAGACGAUGGACGAUAUGGCGAACGUGGCCAGUUUCUGGCUGGGCGAGGAGGAAAGUUCCGCCAAACGGGAUCACGUAAAGGAACCGCUUGCCGCCAAGCUGUCCCGCUCGGAGAUCGAUACACCGAAGAAGGUGUUCACGCUGCUGGAAAAGGCGUUCCAUGCGUACGAAAAAUCCAAAAAGCACGUCGAAAAACGGGCCAAAAUGCAGCAGGAAAACGUGUGUGCCGUGAUCGAACAGAUUAACGCCCACUUCAUCACACUGCACAACGCGCUCCAGAUCGCGGAACAGCGGGUGCUGCUGGAGCUCCGCAAAGCGUACAUCGAGCGCUGCCAGCAGAACAAAGACGACCUGCACCAGCUGCAUCGCACGAAGGAUCGGGUGAAGGACUUUCUGAAACAAGCGAAGCGGUUCCCGGACGGGGUAGGUAGCAGCGCUGAUCCGGCAUGGGCUAAUUAUCGAUCGAAAGUGAAGGAUUUUCUCGAAAGCGAACCAAUUGCGAUGCACGGCGAUUUGAAGAAAAACCUUCAACCACCGUUCCACUACAAGUCGCGAGACUUUUUCCUAAAAAGCAUUAGAAACUGCCAUAAGCUAGAUAUUGAUGACUGGAAAAAGUAUGCACGGCUGGUCCCAACUACAUUUUCGUCAGAGGACAGGAAAGACGAAUACUUGACAAAGCCAUCUUCGUCCACGUCUAAGAGUAACCAGGAAGAGGAGGGAAAGGACUCGGAUAAAGCGAAGAAGUCAUCGUCCCAGACGCAGAGGGAAGAGAAAAAAGAACGCGAUCGGUCAAAGGAGCGCUCGUCGAGAAAGCAUCGCAGCAGCGGCAGGGACGACGAGAAAGGGAGAAGGGACCGGAACCUUUCGGAAGGAGAAAUUGCGAGCUCGUUUUGCUCGCUGGUGACGGUAAAGGUGGAACAGGAAACGUCUCAUAACACGACACAACAGACCGCCUGCGAGCGAAACCAAUCGUCGAUCGAUCGAUCGGUGUUGAGUGAAGUGCCAACCACCUGGAAAUGUCCGUCGUUGCGUCGCGCUUUGGAGCCGGGUGGUGGAUUGAAGUGGCGCACGGUGACCGUUAUGUGCAUUGUCAACCCGCGCGAAUUUUACAUCCAGGACGAGAUGUUCAGCAGGGAAGGGGCCGCAAGCAUGUGCGAGCUCUGCAAUGCAGAGGCAGCAGACUACGAGCGAGUGCUGCUCAGUGAAGGUUCGUCGCUCGAAAUCACUCCCGGAAAGAUGUAUCUAAUAAGACCGGAAGAAUUUUUUAACAACGGUCGCUCGAUGGAUAAGCACUGGUACCGGGCGGAAGUGCUGUCGGCUGUCGAUGAACCAGCAUUCACUCGAGGGCAGUAUCGCGUGCAGUACAUCGAUUUUGGGCAUUAUGACACGGUCGGUGCGGAUCAGAUAAGGCCCAUGUCGGCGGAAUUAGCCGAAAGAUCGCCAAUGGCGACCCGAUGCGCCCUGUACCAGAUACAACCGAUGACUGAUGAUGGCCAGUGGUCAGAGGAAUCUCGUCAGCUAAUGACAGACAUCAUCAACAACCAGCCGAUGGUGAUGUGCGAGCUGAAUCCGGCUGGAGAACGAGCCCUGCUGGUUGAUCUGUUCCUUCCACCAGCGCUUCACGCGAAGGAAUCGAAAGAAAAGUCGGUUCCGGGCAAACACUGGAUGGGUCGGUACGCACCAAUGUCUCUCCGUGAGGCGCUGAUUUAUCACGCCCUCGCUGAACCAUCAAGGGAAAUGUUCGAGGUGCACGAGCACGUCCGAAUGAUGAAGAAAAGCACUCAGAACCUCCAGCACUGGCGUAAGGAGAUGACGAACAGGAAGCUGCGUCAGUCGAUUCCGGAUAUCCCGGUGCUGCUCGAGCACGAUCAGUUCGACUGCAUCAUCACGCAGGCGGAGUCGCUCGAGUCGUUCCACAUCAUGCCGACGAAGUGGAAAACCACCGCCCUGGAACCGUUGCAAAAGCAUCUUGCGUCCAUCUGCUUGAACCGGGACACGCGCAAAGUUUACUCACCCUACGUCGGGUUGGUAUGUGCAUUCGCUCGCCCAGGCAAGGACGGAGUGCAAGAAUGGAUGCGUGGUCGCGUGCUAAAUCUUUCGCGCGGCAUUUGCCUUCUGCAUGCCAUCGACACCGGCGAGCAGCUGGAAGUGGAAUGGAACAACAUGCGGCUGCUACCAACGGAAUCGCCGGCGUUUUCCAAACACCCCCUGGCCGUACCUUGCCGUCUGGGGUACAUUUGGCCGAAGGAAAACACCGCUGGCUGGACAGCGGACGCCAUUGACGAGUUUCGACAGUUUGCGUGCGGUGACAAAUUCCGGUUCGCCGUGUCGAUUGGCAGACCGGAACCGCACGAACGCAUCUACAACGUGGUGCUCUUUCUCGUCAACAAAAGCGACCGCGAUACGUGCAUCAACGGGUUGUUGGUUCGCAAUGGACAUGCGGACUGUAGCGGCUUCGAGAAAAACAUUCAGGAUCGUGUCCGUGAGCUAUCGACGGUCGAGUUGGAGCAACAGCUGACGGAACAGAAGGAAAAGGAAUCGAAGUCGGCGUCGGUGAAGGUGUCCGAUCCACGGGUUCCGGUGACCUUGCUGAAGGUGAUUUCGCCCGGCGAGUUCUACGUACUGAUCUCCUCGCAGCAAACGUGCCUGGAGCAGCUCCACCAGGUCAUCCAGGAGCACAUGGACGAUCACAUCGACGUGGAGGAAGAAAAUGAGGACCUGGAGGAUGGUGAGCUUAGUGGCAACACCACGAGUAGUCGGUCCCCCGGCGAUGUUUGUGUUGUCUUUGCGCGUGUCAACGCAGAAGGCACGUGCGAAUGGCAUCGGGCGCGCAUUGAAUCUGUCCUCCCGGACGGUUACCACUAUGAAGUGUUCCUUAUCGAUCGGGCCUCCAAGGCGACGGUGCACCGGGCGAACGUGGCCCGUCUAACGCCGCGCAUGGCGCAGGUCCAAGCGGGUGCGGUUCGGUGUCGGCUAGCAUGCCUCGAACCGGUCGGUGGUAGCACCGUUUGGCACCAGUCGACGCUCGAUGUGUUCGAGCGCAUCACCGCCAGCUACAGCCAGCACGCCAUCUCGCUCGACACCAAGCCGACUGCUGAUGGCUCCGAUUCGGCCCUGUCGGUGCUGCUGUGGGGUGUACACGUCGAAAGCCGUGACGCAUUGGCCCCUUGCCGUACGGUGUACACCAACCUCAACCAGGUGCUCGUGCACAAGGGUCUGGCGCACCUGGCCGGCCGCUUCCGGAAGUUCGCCACGAGCGGGGCCGGGGCCACCGAAGAACACCAGCUCCUGGAGGACGCCAUUGAGGCCCAGCUGCGGGCCGAGUACGUGCAGCUGGAGCAGUUUUUUCGUACCGUCGCCGCCGUCAAGAGUGCCGAAGCAGGAGGAGGUAGAGCAGGAACAGUACAUGACGGCAGCAAAGCGGCGCAAACUGUACUGAACGAAGGUGGUGGGGAGGCGAUGAACGAUGGGUGGCUGAACGCGCAACACUUCAGCGAUGAGUCGCACGUGCACGUGAGUGCGGAGGAGCAGGAGAGCGAGGUCGACGCGUGGCUAGCUGCCGAACCGCUCGAGAAGACGGUCUUCGUCGGCGUACCGUCGGCGGUCGGCGCCAAUGGGGUCGUGUACCUGCACGACGUUUGCCAGGAGCCGGUGCUCGAGCAAAUUCGCUCGGUAAUUGAAACGCUGGUGGCAGCGAAGGAAAGUGCACCCCCCGAACGCUCCACACGCAAGUAUGCCUUCGGGAACCCGUGUCUCGCCCGGUUCCACCUGGAUGGAUGCUUUUAUCGCGCCACGAUACAGCAAGUGCUGGCCAAGGACCGAUACGAGGUGCUGUUUGUCGACUACGGCAACGUCGAGGAGUGUGCCCAGGACGAGCUUCUGCCAGCGACGGUUUGUGGAAACGUGCCGAUACAGGCCAUCCAAGUGCACCUCAGCGGAGUGAAGCCAAAGGGGAUGCACUCGACAAGCAAGAAGGGGACGAAAAAGGAAUCGCUUGAUCCAUCUGGUAAAUGGCCUGACCUGGCGCUGGAUACACUGCACCCGCUAAUCGUACAGAAACGUUGCUCGAUUCGUAUCGAUGUGGGUGAAAAAGAAGCACGAUCUCAAAAAACUGGUCUAACAAUUCCGUACUGUAAAAUGCGGCUCAUCGAUUCCGGUGGAUGUGAUGUGGCCCAGGCGUUGCUGGAUCUGGGAAUGUUCGAGCAAGCACCUGUGUCUCCACUGCGAUCGUACACUCCUAAACCUCCGGCAGUGGUUGUGAAGCCAAUGAUCCAACCGGAACAGCUGGAGCUGACGCAGACAACGAUCUCUACGGGCACCAGUCGGUCGGUGACGACGGUUGAGCCAUCGGUAAUGACGGCCGAGCAGCGUGAUCUGCUCCGGUGGAUGGAGCAGAUCGAUUCUCAGUACAAGGCGUCGGAGCAGGACGAGUGCAUCGAGGAUCCGAACGAUUGGAAGGAUGACGAAGAUAGCCGUAGUCCGCUUAACCGGGCCCAACUCAUCGACGCACUGGACGCGCCGGAGAUUGAACCGGACUGGAACGAUGAGCCGAGCGGGUACAACUCGGACCGGUCACAGCACUCGUUCAGGGUGAACACUCACGACGACAAUUCGAUUCCUUCGCCGGCCACGCUGCACUCGGAAGAUAUCGAAACGUCGACCCGCUGCUCGGGCGACGGUAUCGGUGGCUACGCCAUGACCGCCAGCGUGCAGCUGUCGCCGGAGUGUCGUGCCGCUAAUCCGAUACUACGCAGCUUCCCGGUGCUGCCGACGGUCGGGCGUACGGCGGGCGGUUUCUUCGCCGAGUACACCAACUACGGGGAGGAGCUGACGGUGUACGUCUACCCGCACCUCGAGGGCCACACGCGUCGCAUGGCCAUGGUGAGCACGAAGGUGCAGGAACGUGCCCGCUCGAUCAACGAGCUGCACCGUUGGCAGGCUUCCCUGCUCGAGCCGGGCGCUCCGUGUCUGGCGCCAUUCAGUGAAGAUGGCCUCUACUAUCGGGCACUGUUGGAAACGGUCGACGAGCAGCGGCGUGAGGCCACGGUGCUGUUCGUGGACUAUCUCAACCGCGAGACGGUGUCGAUUGGCGAUCUGCGUAAGUGUCCGAUCGAACUGCAGCGGGCCCCGCUGCGCAACAUUCCGGUUCAGCUGGUGGGCGUACGGUCGAAUCCCCGAUUGCGCGAAAUCGACAUCGCCCAGCGGCUUAUCGCUUCGCUGGAGCGAGCGUUCUACGUGAAGCUGCUCGGUCCGCACAACCCGGACAAUGGUGUACUUCCGGUAGAAUUUUACACGACCGCAGAAUGCUCCACCCUCGUCUACCAGCAGUUGCUUGAUGAGCGGUACCUUCUUCGGGUGGAUCCAGAAGAGUCAUUCUAGGAGCAUUAUUUCUAUCCCUAUUUGAAUUCUCUUCAUUCUCUUUCGUUCUUAAACUUUCCAGUUGAACUAUAUACUUAUCGCUUCAUUACCAUUUAGUUUAAAAAACAAACAGUGAUUCGGACAGAAGACCUGGAAGAAAAAAAAAACUUGUCGUUAGCAGUUUCGAAGUUCUUCAAUCAAAGAAAACAGUAUGAAUUUUUUAUUUGGUUUAAUGCAAGCGAUCGAACGCUAAGCGGUGUCGCAAUUUAAAACUAAACUCCAUAAAACACGGCAAUUGAAGAUGGAAAAGAAUUAUCUACUAUGUAAGUGGCGCGAAUUAACUACAUUACCUGAAGGUACAACAAUGUAUACCAAAUGAAUGACGAACGGUGUUGAAAAGCGCGCUCAGUUUCGAGUGAAAGUUUAUACUACAUUUCUAUUGAUUGGAAUAAUAAAAAGGGAAAAUAUUGAACACGUAGCUCAAUAUGCA